UUUCCCAGGCCCUCUUACUCUUUAGUAUUUUUUUACUUCUCAGGGGCUCUCUUCGCUCUCAGGCUAGAGUCCUGGCUCGUUAUUGUCUGGGCACUGCUGCAAUGCUGAAAGAAAAAUCAAUGCCCACUGUUUGGCCGUCGUAUCUAUGGUCAUACAGACUAAUAGUGAUGCUCGUUCCAGCACUCAUGGCAAAUGCUCAAGAUAAUAUUGUGGUUGGCUUUGAACGGAAUUUGUACAAUGUCUCGGAAGGAGAUUCUGUCACCAUUUGCGUUGAAAUUAUCAGUCCCGAUGAUAUCGGAGGAAACCAACUCUACCUUGAAGUGGAGACAGUUGAAAACUCUGGCCAAGCCACGCCAGAUGAAGUUGAUCCCAUCUUUGGAUUCUAUUUGAUGGUUCCUGGUGCUGACUACCCACCACUAAUUAGAGGAAUAGGCCAAAUCAGGAACAUGUCUCUCACCCAGUCUCGGAGAUCUGCUUGUUACGAGCAAGAGACCUACCAAGACAACGAAGAGGAAUCUGAUGAGUUUUUCACCCUUCGAGUUGUUAUUGACGACAGCGUUGACUCAUCUUUGGUGGUGUCUAACCUAGUUAUAGAUGAAAGUCGUGGAACUACUGAAGUCAGAAUCUUAGGCAAUGCAGCUGUCCAGUGUCCUACUAUCGAUAGUCCCAUAAAUGGCUCACUGCUAAUCUCUGGAACUGGUGCUGGUGUUUACCAGGAGACUGCAACAUAUGCAUGCGAAACUGGUUUCAAUCUGGUUGGCAUGUCGGAGCGUGUUUGUCAAAGUGAUGGCACAUGGAGUGGAUCUACCCCUACAUGCAACAUGGUUGAGUGCCCCACUCUGAAUGAUCCUGAUAAUGGCAAUCUCGAACUCAGUGGAAACACUAUUGGACAGACAGCAGAGUACACAUGUAACGAUGGCUUCAAUUUGGUUGGAGAGUCAUCAUUGAUUUGUGGUCCUGAUGGCCAGUGGACUGGGAACCCUCCUGUAUGCGUAGCUGUCCAGUGUCCUACUCUCGGUAGUCCCAUGAAUGGCUCACUGCUAAUAUCUGGAACCGGUGCUGGUGUUUACCAGGAGACUGCAACAUAUGCAUGCGAAACUGGCUUCCAUCUGGUUGGCUUAGUGAGGCGUGUUUGUCAAAGUGAUGGCACAUGGAGUGGAUCUGACCCUACAUGCCAGAUUGUUGAGUGUCCCACUCUUAGUGAUCCUGAUAAUGGCAAUCUAAUACUCAGUGGAAACACUUUUGGACAAACAGCAGAGUACACAUGUAACAAUGGGUUCAAUCUGGUUGGAGAGUCUAUAUUAAUGUGUGGUGCUGAUGGCCAGUGGAUUGGGGACUCUCCUGUAUGUGCUGUCCAGUGUCCUACUCUCGAUAGUCCCAUGAAUGGCUCACUGCUAAUAUCUGGAACUGGUGCUGGUGUUCACCAGGAGACUGCAACAUAUGCAUGCGACACUGGCUUCAAUCUGGUUGGCAUAGUGAGGCGUGUUUGUCAAAGUGGUGGCAUGUGGAGUGGAUCUGACCCUACAUGCCAGAUUGUUGAGUGUCCCACUCUGAAUGAUCCUGAUAAUGGCAAUCUCAAACUCAGUGGAAACACUUUUGGAGAUACAGCAGAGUACACAUGUAACAAUAGCUUCAAUCUGAUUGGAGAGUCAAUAUUGAUGUGUGGUCCUGAUGGUCAGUGGAUUGGGGACUCUCCUGUAUGCGAGGCUGUGCAGUGUCCUACUCUCGAUAGUCCUAAUAAUGGCUCAGUGCUAAUAUCUGGAACUGGUGCUGGUGUUUACCAGGAGACUGCAACAUAUGCAUGCGGCACUGGUUUCAAUCUGGUUGGCAUGUUGGAGCGUGUUUGUCAAAGUGAUGCCAUGUGGAGUGGAUCUGAUCCUACAUGCCAGAUUGUUGAGUGUCCCACUCUGAAUGAUCCUGAUAAUGGCAAUCUCAAACUCAGUGGAAACACUUUUGGAGAUACAGCAGAGUACACAUGUAACAAUGGCUUCAAUCUGAUUGGAGAGUCAAUAUUGAUGUGUGGUCCUGAUGGCCAGUGGAUUGGAAACCCUCCUGUAUGCGAGGCUGUCCAGUGUCCUACUCUCGAUAGUCCCAAUAAUGGCUCAGUGCUAAUACCUGGAACUGGUGUUGGUGUUUAUCAGGAGACUGCAACAUAUGCAUGCGAAACUGGUUUCAAUCUGGUUGGCAUGUCGGAGCGUGUUUGUCAAAGUGAUGGCACAUGGAGUGGAUCUGCCCCUACAUGCAACAUAGUUGAGUGUCCCACUCUGAAUGAUCCUGAUAAUGGCAAUCUCAAACUCAGUGGAAACAAUUUUGGACAGACAGCAGAGUACACAUGUAACACUGGCUUCAGUCUGAUUGGAGAGUCAAUAUUGAUGUGUGGUGCUGAUGGCCAGUGGAUUGGGAACCCUCCUGUAUGUGAGGUUGUCCAGUGUCCUACUCUCAAUAGUCCCAUGAAUGGCUCAGUGCUAAUAUCUGGAACUGGUGUUGGUGUUUACCAGGAGACUGCAACAUAUGCAUGCAAAACUGGCUUCAAUCUGGUUGGCUCGCUGGAGCGUGUUUGUCAAAGUGAUGGCACGUGGAGUGGAUCUGCACCUACAUGCCAGAUUGUUGUGUGCCCCACUCUGAACGAUCCUGCAAAUGGAAAUGUGAACCCGAGUGGAUACACUUUUGGACAGACAGCAGAGUACACAUGUAACACUGGUUUCAAUUUGGUUGGAGACUCAAUACUGACGUGUGGUCCUGAGGGCCAAUGGAGUGGCAACCCUCCUGUAUGCGAGGCUGUCCAGUGUCCUCCCAUUGGAAGUCCCGUGAAUGGCUCACUUCUAAUAUCUGGAACUGGUGUUUAUCAAGACACUGCACUAUAUGUGUGCGAAGAUGGUUUAAAUCUGGUUGGCGUGUCGGAGCGUGUUUGUCAAAGUGAUGGAACAUGGAGUGGAUCUGCCCCUACAUGCCAAAGGUGCCCUAAACUGAUGAUUCCUAAUGGUGCAGUUAAUGAGACUGGUUUUACGACUGGUGAUGUGGCUGUCUAUUAUUGUGUUGUGGGAUAUUUGAUUAAGGGAGACCCCACUAGGACAUGUGGGAGUGAUUUAGAAUGGACUGGAAGUACACCAUCGUGCAUACGUGAUGAAAAAUCUGAUGGGUCUUCAAACACUAGAAUCAUAAUCAUCAUCGUAACUGGAGUGAUAGCAGCUCUACUGAUUGCUAUUGUCAUUAUAGCCAUUGUGAUUGGAAUUAUGAGACAGAAAAAGAAGAAGUUUGCUCUACCAACUCCAGAUCCCAUCUAUAAUGAUCCAGAUAAUCCUUACAAUUCUUCUGUCCUUGACAAAACCGAAAAGGCAGCAAGCAAUGAGAUCCCACUGCAGACACAGCCAGAGGAAAGUAAAGAUGUUACUCGUACUAAUCAGCAGAAGAAUGUUACUCCAUCUAUUGAGCAGCAAGAUAAUGUAGCCUAUGAUGCUUUUUCAAACGAGCAGCAGCAAUUACUUGUUGGUGAUCAGGAGGCUGAGGAACAAUGCUAAAGACUAUGAGAUUUCGUGAAUGACACUCCUAUGGAGAGUAGCUUUAUCUAAUUAGCAGAGGAUCGACAUUCCUUUUGUUUGUGCAUGCAUGAUUAUCAUAAGGAUUAGUGGCGA